UGUCGCGCCGCCAGUUGUACUCUCUCGCCAUUGUGUGUACCCGUGACGCGCAGUACGCUCGGCGCGUAUCAAUAUCAAUAGUAAAUAUUAAAAACAUUAUAAAUCCCAGCCGAAUACGAUCGCUUUCGACAGUUGUCAACACACAUCCGCAACGCACUGACUUGAUACUCGUAUGGCAACGCAAGCAGUUACCGAAAUACUCGCUACCGGCGCGUUCAACCAGUCGCGAUCAGCAAUAAUUGAGCGUACUUUUAACAAUCGAGUUCAUCGCGCCGGCGAUACAGCACUUCCAACACAAUCGAAUUUGCAGCGUACUGAAGGCGUAAUCGUGCUGGCGAAAACAACGUGGAUGGGCGGUUUAAAGUCGUUGUUGGAACACAAUCCAUACACGCGCUGGCAUAAUGUAGUUGAUAACAAUUUACGCGUUUGUCCUAAAUUGCAACGAACAACGCGCGGCAGGACACCGGAGUAUUUAGUCAAAUAGUUUAUAACAACUUAACUGUGAUAAUGAAGGGAAAACCAGAAAGAAAACCAGAAGUUCACACGUGCAUUGUGUGCAUCAAUGCCGCCAGCUCAGUAUCAGUGAACAUUGACGAGCGCACCCCGCUGAUAAGCAGCAACAGCAGUGCAGGAAGCAGCAGCGGCGGCAACAACAACAUCCGCCGCCCCCAAUACGGCAGCAUUCAUCGGCGCUCAGAGCACAAUCAAUUCAGUUGGUUGCUUGUGACUGCCUUGUUUAUAUUCUUCUUCACUGGCAUCGGCAUUGCCACAUAUCUGCUCUUCAACGAGGGUGUCGUUUUCACACCGGAAAUCUACAAGUUCGUCGGGCGUGAGGAAUGGAACGCAUCAUCGAGCGGCGGGCCGCUGUUUACGAUAAGCGUGCCGGCGGACAGCGUCAUACUCACCGACACGCGCGCAGCGCAUUGUGAUAGAUUACCGGUUUGCGCCGGACUGAUAAAAAACCUUCAGCGUCAAUCGAUGACGGAUAUUAAGUAUAAUUUUUUAAUCGACGACACUGGAACGGUCUAUGAAGGACUCGGAUGGUAUCAGACUCUUGAAGAGCAUGAAGGACGACCAAUUUUGGAAUUAUAUGACAAGCCCAACUCAACAAAUGAUCAGAUUGUGGCGUUGAAAAUCCUUUUGAAAUUCGCGGAGGAUCAUCAUGUGCUUAUGCCUUGCAGUGCCUUGAAAGUCGCUGCUGAGGAUGAAAACAAAGCGACUUUGCGUAGCUUGGCGGAGAUGUUACAAGUGGAGGCGUAUAAUGAAUGCAUCGGAUGA